ACUCGCGCUCACGAAACGACGGCUUACCAAGUACCAUGGCCGUAGAGUUUGAAGUAGUCAUCCUGUACCGUGCACCUCAAUGUAUAAAAGGACAGUUAGGCACGGCCACAUCUCGCUUCUGUCUGCAUCGCUCAUAGCAUCAUCCCGACAAACAACCAAGCAAGCAAACAAUAUCAUACAGACAACCCAGUCAGGUCAUCGUCACUAUGUCCAAGCCAAUCCCAGUUAUCAUCCUCGGCAAGAUUCCCGCUGAUCAAAGCGCUGUCACUGAAGCGCUCAAACCUGAGUAUGAAGUCGUCAAAAUCUUUGAAAGUGUCGAGGCUUUGGCCGACGGUCUUCCCGCUCUCUUGGAGUCUCCUGACCGCAAACCAGCGGGUGCUUUCAUGGGCGGCAUCUUCACGCCCGAGGAGUUUGCCGCAGCUCGCGCCGUGCCUGGGGCAUCUUCAUUCCCAUGGAUGAGGCCCAUUCGCACGAAGCCUGGAAACGAGCAUAUGAUGACGCCUGCUCACGCCCCGCCUCCAGAUAUGCUCGCUGCAUUGGCCAGGAAUAGCCUCGACACGCAUGAAGAAAUGAUCAAGGAACGAAAGGGCGCGGGUGAGGUCUGGUACUAUUGAGGAAGGGGGACAAGAGGUUGAUAGUCUUGGCUUUAAGGGGAGGAACACUCGUUGGGUAGAGUGGAUCUGUAUUUGUAUCGUCUUGCUCACGUUUGCUGGUCCCGUCUCAAUGUAUUCUUGCAUUAUAUUUGCCAUACUUUUUGUACGCUUUUCGCAAUGUGC